UCAAACGAUCUUCCUAACUUUAAAUUUUCGACUGCUUUCUAUUAUUUAUAUUUCUAAUUUUGGGUUUUAAGCAACAAUCCUUUACAGAGCAAAAUUUCAGUUUUAAAUAAUAAUUAUUAAAAAUUAGAAUAUUCAGAACUUAAGAAUUUGCGGCUAUUGGUUCUUUAAAUGGAUUUCCAACCGACACAAAAGAAGUUAAUACAAGUGACUGAGGAGAGUACACCAGUGGUUCAAGUCACUCAUAUGGUAGGAAACGAAGUAUUUGUGAUAACCCAGCAGGAUACUAAACGUGUGGAGUAUAUAAGAAUGUUAAGCUGCAGCCGGUUGACAGCAGAGGGUAAUCUCUUGCCUUCAAUAUUCCCAGAUCAGCUUUUAGCAUCUGCAGAUGAAGUUUUUACUCAGGGAGCUCAAAGUGGACAAGAAUACGCAGAGAGUUUUCAAGAUGAAGUACCAGAGACAGAGACAGGGCCUUUUCUAAACGUGGCCAGUAUUGCCACACAAAUGGAAUGGUCAAAAAAAUUGCAAACUUCAUCGCCGUUUCCACUACACUAUUCUGUUGCGACAUCGACAUGUACUCUGGAAACUCACGUGAAUGACAGUAAUUCAAAACAAACAGUGUGAGCACACAAGUUGUCAGACAGAUGUCAUAACAUCCAGCGCUGUCUGCAAUACGGAUGCGGCUCACCGGGGCAAUUUGUGUAUAUAAAUGAGUCCUGAAUUUUGAAACUUUGUAAUUUUUUUUAUACCAUGCACCCCUAGCGUGAAAUUGUAUAUUAAAGUCUCCAAAAUGAUGUAACAGGCA